AAACGGCCGGUCCUGCGAAAAACUCGGCGUUUCUCUCUCUGGCAGCGUCGGUACUGUGUAUGUGCCACAUUCCUCGUUGGCGUUUAAGCUCGCGAUUCAAUCCCGGGGUAUUUUUCCUCUAAUGCGCGGUACACAGAUGAUCAGAAUGCGGAUCGGCGGGGAAUGAUUAUAUUCGCGCUGGUGUGUAACAGCAUCAUUCCAAUUUCUCCAUCAUGCUGCUAAAUCGGGCUUGAUUAACAAGAGCUGGCUCGAUCUGUACAUACAUUCUGUCCGUCUCUCUCUCUUCUCUCUGCUAUCUCUCGAUCGCCGUCGCCGUCUACCACUGGAAAAUGCCAAUGAGACAUUUCCGCCGAUGCCGGCAUCACUGUGCUGUCGUUUAAUUGUUCUCCGGUGAUUUCGUUCCACGGGGGAUUAUAUCGAAGCCCGUGGUCUAAUUGAUGGGACAGCUGUAUUGUUUACUGAUGAGCCCGAUCUGUUUACUUUAGACCACUAUCAUACAUUAUGUAAAAACCCGGCACUGCAUGAUGUAAUCCCUGGGAAAUGCGAAAGUGUAUCGCGUAUACAAAAAUGCUGAUGAUGUGUUAUGCGGCAUGCUGUAUUAGCAUUGAUGGGAUCGUGGAUCGCGUUGAUGAUACUGAUGAUGAUGAUGAUGAUUUGAAUUAUUUCCAAUCAGGAUUAGUGCGGCCGCGGCAGCAGCAGUAUCCUGCUGUUGGCCGGCAGCCGCCACAGCAGCUGACACGCAGUUGCGGGAAUAUACGUGCUUAUCGCCACCGGUGUCGGCUGGCAUUCUGGCCCGGCGCAUCGUGUCUCUGAUUCCGUCCGGCUGCGUUGUUUGUGUUUGAUUUUUGAUCCACAGUUUGUCGUCUCUCUCUUUCUCUCUCUUCCUCUUCUCUUUGUUGUCCCUUGUUAAUUUGACAUAUCCGUGUAUUAUUAUUCUUCCACACCGGACUCCUUGUUUAAUCCUCGCAUUCUCUCCUUCACCAACCUCUGUUGUCCGGGAACACAAACACUCACCGCUGCUGCUUGUUUUUUGUGUUGAUUUAUAUUACAUAAACGCGCUGCAAUGAUGGACGCUGAAUCUCAACCGUCUCCUAAUACGUCCCCUGUCCCAACCAUCCAAUCGCUUACUGUCCGGCUCCUUAUGCUUGGCAAGGAGGUCGGCAGUAUCAUCGGCAAGGAAGGCAAAAAUGUCAAGCGUAUUCGGGAAGAGAGCGGUGCCAGAAUCAACAUCUCCGACGGCUCGUCACCGGAACGGAUUGUCACCCUGGUGGGCAAUGUUGACAAUGUAUCGGCGGCAUUCAAGAUGAUCUGCACCAAGUUCCUCGAGGAUAUAGACUAUAACGGGCAGAAUGCCUUUCAGUCCAACGGAGCAUGGUGGACGCCAUUAACCAUCCGUCUGCUGGUCCCGGCCAGCCAAUGUGGAUGCCUUAUCGGGAAAGGAGGGUCCAAGAUUAAGGAGUUGCGCAACAUAACCGGUGCAUCGGUCCAGGUGGCCAGCGAUGCCCUGCCCAACUCCACCGAACGAACCAUCACGUUGACCGGCAACUUUGAGCCCAUUACGCGCUGCUUCGAAUAUGUCUGCCAAAUGUUGGCCGAAUCGCCUCCAAAAGGACCAAUCAUUCCGUAUCGUCCGAAGGCCGUCUCGCUGAACGGACCCAUCGCCGCCAACGGGUUCCUGGCAACGGGGAAUCCCGGCGUGGCGCCGGUGGUGGCGCCCCAGACCGUGUUGAUAUCGGGUGGACCACAGGCGCCCUUCCUCCUGCAGAGUCAGUUCCCCUUGUCGCCCCAGGCCCAGGCCGAUCUGACGAAGUUAACGCAGAUGCAGCAGACGCUCAACGGCUCGGCUAACAGCGCCGCUGCCGCCACAGCGCAGCUGAUGGGAGCGCAGCAAGCGGCGGCAUUGCAAGCAAUCUAUGAUGACCGCGUACUUGCAGCCAUGCUAACGGGAUCGCCGAUGCUCAACGUGAACAGCGGUGCCGUCCUGCGCAGUGUGAAUGGAUUAAGCCCGUCCGGGCCGGGCGGCGUCUCGGUGGUGGCGGCGCCCCCACCGCCCCCGGUCGCCGCACUGCCGCCGCAGCAUCAGCAGAGCCACGAGCUGACCAUCCCCAACGAUUGGGUGGGGUGUGUCAUUGGGCGGGGCGGGGUGAAGAUCAACGAGAUCCGCCAUCUGUCCGGCGCUGUGAUCAAAAUCAGUCCGUGUGAAGAUGGGAAGAAGGAGCGCAGUAUCACCAUUACCGGCAGUCCCGAGGCGGUCAACGUGGCGCUGUACCUGAUACAGACCCGCAUCUCCGCCGAGCUGCUGGCCAACGGUGGCUUCUGUCUCUAGUCGGGUGGUGUUUUAUGCUGCUUUACGGUGUCGGGUGGUGUUUUAUAAGGAGAAAUUAGCCGGGAUUUUGCGUAGAAAGUUUGAUGAAUGCUGUUCUAGGCUUAUUUAUUUUGAUUGCAUAAACUUUUUCUAUGUAGUGGAAUUUAUUCUGCAGGCGCGAUUUGCUGUUGGAGCGCCGGCAUGGCAGUCAGUUGCAGUGAUGGCUAAAAUAUAAUGCAAUGUUAGAAUAUAGUUAUUAUCGGAAAUUUUGAUUGAUUGUUUCUACACCCGAUAAGGAUUGGAUUGUUUGAAUUGCUCUCUUUAUAAUCUUACGCCGAAUGACGUAAAGCAAAUGUACAGAAACAGAUUCAUUAUUUAUAAAUCAAUAGACAUA